GUGCCCGUCUUCGAGCCCACCAUCGCCGACUUUGCCGACAACGGCGGCUUCUACGGCUACGUCAAGCGCAUCGAGAAGUACGGCCUCCGCAGCGGCAUCGUCAAGGUCGUCCCGCCCAAGGAGUGGACCAAUUCGCUCAAGCCGGUCGACAAGCCGCUGCGCUCGAUCCGCCUCCGCGACGCCAUCGAGCAGCACAUGCUCGGCUCGCAGGGCCUGUACCGCGUCAUGAACGAGGCCAAGACGCGCCAGUUCAACGCGGCCCAGUGGAAGGACCUCGCGACUCGCCCCAAGUGGCAGGCGCCCGACCUCCCGGCCGACGACGCCGACGUCGACGCGCCCGCGUCGAGCGCACCCGUCCAGAGCAAACGUCGCCGCGCGUCGAUGGCGCCCGCCAACCCGACCGACGACGAGUGGGCCGCGUUCGCCGCCGGCCUCGACGAGCUCCCGCACGGCAUGACGCGCGACGACUACACGGUCGAGCGCAUGCGCGACUUUGAGCGGCGGUACUGGCGCACGCUCACGUUCGGCGAGCCGCCCAUGUACGGCGCCGACAUGGCCGGGUCCCUGUUCGACGACUCGACGUUGGCGUGGAACGUGGCGCACCUCGGCGACCUCUUGCCCAAGCUCGCGCCGCGAGGGUGCGACAUCCCGGGCGUCGUGUCGCCGUACCUGUACUUCGGCAUGUGGCGCGCGACGUUCGCGUGGCACGUCGAGGACGCCGACCUGUACUCGAUCAACUACAUCCACUUUGGCGCGCCCAAGUUCUGGUACUCGGUCCCGCAGGAGCAGUCGGAGCGGUUCGAGCGCGUCAUGGCUGGCCUGUUCCCGACCGACCGCAGCAAGUGCAACCAGUUCCUGCGCCACAAGUCGUUCCUCGCGUCGCCCAAGAUCCUCACCAACAACGGCAUCACGCUCAACCGCUGCGUCCAGCUCCCGGGCGAGUUCAUUCUCACGUACCCCAAGGGCUACCACUCGGGCUUCAACCUCGGCUUCAACUGCGCCGAGAGCAUCAACUUCGCAACCGAGCGGUGGCUCCCGCUCGGCAAGGUCACCAAGCACUGCCAAUGCAUCGAGGACUCGUGCGUCCGCACCAUCUCUCCUCGCCCUCGCCCUCCCCCUCGCCCUCGCGACUGA